AUGCAACCCGGCUCAAGCCAAGGUGCUACAGUUAUUCAAAUUACCAAAAAUCCCAUCUCAGCAACCCAUACAAUCAUUCAACAAAAUGGUCAACAUCUCCUAGUUGGUAAAAUAAGUAAUUCUGUCGCAGCUACCACGUCUGACGCGACUGAAAUUGUUUCUGAUUCAAAUACUAAUGGCGGUGGAGUUACCGUCCAAACUCUCCUCCCAGGUCAGUAUGUUGAUGCGCCUUCUGCUGAACCUACCGUCUAUGCUACUGCAGUGAGCACUGCUAGCGGUGGAAACCCAGCUAGCUCCGGUACUUCUGGCCAAGUACAAUAUCAGGAGUACGCUCCGAUAAUCUACACACCUGUUUGCGGAAGUCAAACGUACUACCAGACUAUUGGAGGACAGGUUCUCACAAGUUCCAAUUUCGCUGGAGCUGGAACUACAGCAGCAGCAGCAGCCAAUACCGGAGCGGGCACAGCGCAACUUGUCACUCACCAAGGAACCACUUACAUCCUUCAAAGCGCCACUGGUUCUUUUGAAGAUGACACCGCAGCCCUCUCCCAUACUGCUAAAGCCUCUCCCGUCACAGUUCAAUGGUUGCUGGAGAAUUACGAAACUGCUGAGGGUGUUAGUUUACCUCGAAGUACCCUCUACUUUCACUACCUACAGCACUGCCAAGAAAACAAGCUUGAACCCAUGAAUCCUGCCUCCUUCGGCAAGUUAAUCCGCUCCGUCUUUCUAGGUCUUCGAACACGUCGUUUGGGUACUAGGGGGAAUAGUAAAUACCACUACUAUGGAAUCCGAAUCAAACCCACUUCCCAACUGAAUCACUAUGUGGAAGAUCCAUCUUUUGCUCUGCGCCAUUAUCCUAAUUACCAUCGAGAGAGUAUGGAGGUGGUGGCAGAGUGGAAGAACCUGGCUGGAAAGUCAUCCAUUCCCAGUUCUACUAUUGGCUCUUCUAAUGCUCCAAAUUCAAGCCCGAUGAAACAAGGUGGAAUAGUUUCUUUGGGAGGUAACGAAAAUUCCUGUGGAAGUAGUAGUGCCUUUGGAGAUCCUUCUAAUAAUACCAGAACAUCUGGUGCUGCUACUAUUGGAAGUCCAAUAAGUACAGAUCAAAACCGUCAUCAGCAUGCAGAAUUUCUUGGUGAAGCAACUUCUGCUCUACCUAAUCUGAAUGAGAUUUGUAGGUCAGCGGGACUUCCUGUUCCAGGGUCAGAAGAUGUAGAUCUUUCAUCUAGGAACCGGAGUCCCUCAGGUGGAAGUAAUUCUGGAUUUACUGUCAAGAAGACAUCUACUGCUACAGCUUCGUCUUCAAGCGGUCUAGAUGGAGUUCCCACAAAAGAUCUCAUUAAAUUUGCCAUACUCUAUGCGCAAUCAGCAGGAAAUAUCCUUGAAGCUGUUGUCAAUUUAGACUUCUCUUCAAUUUCCGGGGCUUGGAAAAUGUUUUGGAGAACAGGGGAGUGUAAUGAAGACUCCGUGUUCGAAAAAACUUUGCCCAAAGAACGCCUCCAUGCGCUGGCGAAAAACGUUGUAGUGCAUCAAUUCAUUCGCCUCUAUGACCAUACUUUCUACCAGUCCCUGGCCGAAGUACUCAUCCCCAAUGUUCUGCGUCCGAUUCCCUCAUCACUAACUCAAGCAAUUCGCAAUUUCGCUAAACAUCUUGAGGUAUGGAUGCGUGAAGCUUUACAGAACUUGGAUCCAGUUCUGCUUCGAAUUAAACUUGGAGCUGUAUCUGCGUUGAGCCAAACUUUGCGUCGUUACACCAGUCUUAAUCAUCUGGCUCAAGCGGCAAGAGCUGUGCUCAAGAACCCAACACAAAUAAACCAGAUGCUCAUUGAUCUUAGUCGUGUUGAUUUCAACAAUGUUCAGGAGCAAGCAUCAUGGGUUUGUCAGUGCAGUGAUGCAACCGUCGCUCACCUCGAACAAGACUUUAAAUACAUCCUUCAAAAGCAAUCUAGUCUUGAGGAGUGGGCUCAGUGGCUAGACACCGUAGUUACGGGUAUUCUACGCCCUCUUGAAGGCAAUAAUCUGGCCUACACUCGUUCCGCCCAUCAACUCAUUCUCAAAUGGUCCUAUUACAGUUCUAUGGUGAUUCGUGACCUUACUCUUCGUUCUGCGGCCAGUUUUGGGAGUUUCCAUCUAAUUCGACUCCUCUAUGACGAAUAUAUCUUCUAUCUGGUGGAGCACAAGGUUGCUGCCCAUCUUGGGAUGACUCCGAUUGCAGUUAUGGGAGAAAUGGGAAGGGCUGUGACUCGUCCUCAUUGCAAUCUUUCUCGAGCAACAGCGGUUGCUCUAGUCGCUAAUACUGAGCCUCGUAGUCGUGAAGACAUUCCAUCUACCAUAUCGUCAGUAUGUGGCAAGCUUGAGGCAGUCCUUACCGCCAAUAAGGAGCCUUCAUCCGACAUUGAUGUCUCCGACAACACCGUCCAAACACUACUCCACCAAGACACAGGGGACUCUGUAACAGACACUACUAUUUGCGACGCAUUCGAGACUGAGGCUGUCUUUCAACGUCCUAGUAGUGGAGAUCAUACUGACGAACACCUUGAAGAGGAAUUCCUUGACGGAGAGGAGGAAAUCCUAGACGAUGCUGAGGAUGAACUUGAGAAUGCCAUGCUCUGUCGAGCUCACGAGUCGGCACUUAAGGCUGCAGCUGCUGAGGCACAUAAGUCGUCUUCUGCAAAUGGCGACUCAAGUGACAAUGGCAACGGUGGAAUGAUUAAUGAAGUUCCAGCCGCCGGGAUUGUGCAGAAGAGAGAAGAUGAGUCUGCUGGCAGUGGUGUUCCGGUGGUGUUGAAGGAGGCUUUGAAGGUGGAAGAACCUUCGGCAACGCAGCAGCAUCAACAACCGAAUCAAGAAGGCUGUGAUUCUCCCCCUCCAAUUGUUGCUCAUGCGACUGCUUUACGAAAAGUUGUUCGAGUAACAACCUUUGAUGAAUCAGGAGGUAUUCAGAAGAGUGUUGAGACUGCCGAUCAGCAACCAACCACUCCUGCGACCUCUCUUAUCAUACCUUCAGAAGCCAAACGCCCUCGUCUUAUUUGA